UUUUAGAUUUUUCUUCAAAAUGGCUUCGAAUCCACGUGUGUUGAUUUAUGGUGGAAAAGGUGCUUUAGGCUCGACCUGCAUAUCCUAUUUUACGGCCAAAAAUUGGUGGGUGGCUUCAGUUGACUUAUUUCCAAAUGAAGAGGCACAAGCUAAUGUGAUUGUGACGAAAUUGGACUCCUGGGUAGAACAGAAUGAGGAGAUUCAAACAAAAGUUGAUGAGAUGCUUCAAGGUGAAAAGCUUGAUGCAAUCAUUUGUGUAGCUGGAGGAUGGGCUGGUGGUUCAGCCAGCAGCAAAAAUGUUGUGAAGAAUGCUGACUUGAUGUUCAAACAGAGCGUAUGGACAUCGCUUAUUUCUGCAAGCUUAGCAUCAAAGUACUUGAAUGAUCAUGGCCUUUUAUCACUGACUGGUGCACAACCUUCUCUUGGUGGAACUUCAGGGAUGUUGGGUUAUGGCAUGGCAAAAGCAGCCGUUCAUCAGCUGACCAAGGGAUUAGGUCAAAAGGAGAGUGGUUUACCAGCUGGUUCAACAGCUCUCGCCAUCUUGCCCAUGACCUUGGACACUCCCAUUAAUCGCAAAAAUAUGCCUAAUGCUGACUUCACAAGCUGGACAUCCCUUGAAGAUGUUGCAAGCUUGCUCUUCGGUUGGAGCGAAGGUAAAGACCGCCCACAAAGCGGUAGUCUCGUCAAACUUAUCACGAAAGACAGCACGACCACGACCGAGGUGCAUGGUGGAGAACUGUUACAGUAACAGUCCUAAAGGUACACGUGAUGUGUGACAUCAGAAUUUGAACAAACCCAGUUCAUAUCGUAGGAUAGAUGUUGAUAUUUAAUAUCAAACAUAGUGUAGUUUUGAAGACAGCCCGUGUCCACGUUCGCGAGAAACUUUAUUGUUGUCAUGUUGUGUAGUGUUAGUAAAGUUAAAUAUGUUUUGCCCCAAUUUUGAUGGUGAUUUUUCAAUUUGUGUUCCUAUACCUCUGCCUUUACGAACGCCAGGUUGUAGCUGCUAUGCGCGAAGUUUUUUUGACGAAUUUACCUGUCGAUUCUGAGUCGCUUUCUUACUUCGCUUAGCCGUAUUUUUUUUGCUAAACGUGUUCAGAAUCGCUGGAUUGCCUGUCUCCAGAGACAAACAACUUGUUGAAACAAGAAAUAAGCUUUAAAAAACAGGUAGCAAUUACCGGAGAUGAUCAUUUGGGAAUAGGAUCGAUAUAUGACCGCAAAAAAGGCUAACCUCUUUUUAAACGUCCAUAACUUAGUAUAAAAGAUGUUUCUUGGAGUUUUCUAUAUGUUUUGCCUCCAAGAACAGGUUUAGAUUGCAACCAACAGACAACCUUGCCCAAAACAUCGAAUUCAUCGCGUAUAUUCUGAU